AUGGAGGGUGCAUCCGCAUCGGUUGUUGACGAUCCAGGAUUGACAUCUGCGUCGCCCUCGCCGUUUAAUCUCGACGCAGCCAACGACCUGCUGGCAGCGUUUAACGUUGAUGAUCCUGAAUCACGAGCCUUUCUGGCCGGCCUGCUCGCCUCGGGGACGGUGCCACCCGAAGAAGUCGAGCUUCUCGAAGGAAUCAAUGGGGUCGGCGGAGGGAAGACGGCGGGCCGGAGCUCAAAAUCACGGCCAGAAUUGGGAUCGGAGCCACCAUCGACAUCGGCAUCGCCUUCUCCAACCCCUUCUCCAAGCAAACGGCCGCGAAAGCAACAGCCACAACAAGGUCGGACAGUUGAAAAAUUCGGCAGGGAGAAGAAACCAGGAAAACGUCGUGGAAGGGACACUUUCGCGGUCGGUCUGAAGACCAGUGUUUCGCCGUUCUUUGCAGACGAUGCGUCGUUGUCAGGCGAUAGCACUGAAGAAGAAGUGAAGGGGGAGGAGGGCUAUAGAGAUACUAGGGGUCUGGAAGCGGCUCAAGAACAGCCAGGUUUGCCAACCGCGACAUUCACAAGAACCUUGGUCAUUUGCACGAAAAGGACCGUCGUGGGCGGACAUGCAGAGCCGAUAACGAUGACGCCGUCGCGGACCAAGGAUAUGCAGUCAACUGAGGCGGCAAAGGAAGCAAAAGCAGCAAAAGUCAAACCACAUCAAUCAAGGAGACCGUCACCGAGCAAGACGUCAAAUAGUGAGCCGCAGUCAUUGGCACGACCAACAUCUCCAGUGUGCUUGUCUCCCGUCUCGUCAGCCUUGCUGAGCACACCGAAGCGGAAGCGAGAAACGACAUCCUGCUUUUUUACACCUCCUUCGUCACACCACCGGUGGCGACGAGAAGAAGGCGACAGCAGCUGCAGUGAAGAUGACCUUCCGUCAUAUUCCCCCGACGCUUCUUCACCAGUACCCGUUGCUGUACCGAAAAAAACGAAGAAGCCCGCCCGCCCUCGCCGUGGAACGGUCUCGGCCCUGCCGUUCCCGCGCCUCGACGCGCCUCACUUUGGACUGGUGCAGGAACAGCUCUCGGCCGACCCAUUUUGGCACAUGAUUGCGCUUGUCUUUUUGACACGCGUGUCUGGACAUGUUUCGCUGCCGGUGUUCUGGGCCCUCAAGGCCCAGUUCUCCUCUCCACAAGCGCUCGUUGACGCCGACCCCCGUGACCUUAUGGCUAUGGUGCGACACCUGGGUAUGGCGACGGUGCGGUGCACAGCCAUCCAGAGGUACGCACGCGGUUGGCUAAAGCGCCCACCACAGCCGGGCGUUUGCACUACGGUCAGGAACUAUCCGACACCGCCAGAAGGGUACCCCGAAGAGCCUGGGCGGACUAGUCAGCGUCAGAAACCGGAGACUGGGCGUCCUCUUGGUUCACAGUGGGAGAUUGGCCACCUGACCCAGGGCACAUAUGCGGUCGAUUCGUGGCGGAUCUUUUGCCGGGACGUGUUGCUGGGUCGGUCCAAUGAUUGGAAGGGUGACGAUGGCGGGUGUAUGUCUGGGCAACGCCGGCGGGAGGAGGACGAAGAUGACAUUACGUCCGAAGGCCCAUCCGAGUCAGGCUGGGAUGCUGGGCGAAAGUUCUCUCCAAAGUCUGGCGAACCUUUCCAGCCCGAGUGGAUGCGGGUGCUGCCGCGAGACAAGGAGCUGCGAGCAUGUCUGCGGUGGAUGUGGAUGCGGGAGGGGUGGGACUGGGACCCACGAACGGGAGAGCGGACGGUGCUGAAGGAAGAUCUUCGACAGGCGGUGGACGAAGGCCGCGUGGCAUACGAUACCAAGGGACAAUUGCAGAUUGUCGAGGGAGACGCCAAGCGGGAAAAUAAGCGGGAGAGGCUGGAUGUGAUUUUAUGA